UUUUCUGUGUUUCUACUCUCUCUAUUUUGAAGCGUUUUCCUGUCCUAAGAAAGUUUGAAAUGGUCAGUGCCAAGACAACAUUUAUCUUGGCAAUACUUUGCCUGGCCCUAAUGCAUGAGCUUCAGAUCCGUACUGUUGAGGCUGGGAAAAUAAAUUGCAAGUCCAAGUGUGAAUACAGGUGCAGCAAGGCAUCGAGGCACAAAAUGUGCAUAAGGGCUUGCAACACCUGCUGUCAGAGGUGCAAUUGCGUUCCACCUGGAACUUCUGGUAACGAAGAUACCUGCCCUUGCUAUGCCAACAUGACCACCCAUGGGGGUAGACACAAGUGCCCCUGAAUCAAUUCAUAUUCUUGCAGACCUGGCUAAUCAAUAUCUAUGAUAAGCACAGGUUACGAAUUUAUUAUGAAUAGUAGAAGAAAAAAACUUGGAGAACACAAAAGAGGAUUUCUAGUUCAGUUCUUUAUUGAUGCAUAUAUUUAGUUUUCCAAGAAGGGACAAGUCUUAGACAAAGAUCCCAUGUUGUUCUUUAAAUUUGGUUUCUGUUAUCUUCUGCUUCCAGUAUCUCCAGUCCAGUCCGUACUCUAUACUCGGUUAUAUCUACUAAGGUAAUAACAUGAUCCUAUUACUUGGUUUC